AUGCUUCCCUCUGGUAUGCUUACAUUUAGUCCGCGUAAGCGUGUUUCACAUCGUGAGCUACCUGUAAAGGGUACCAAGGAAAAGCAAACGGAUGUACCCUCUCUUGCCUUUCAGCCAAAUGGUCCCACACGGCCUCUCGAUCCUUUAAAGCCUAUGAUUACUCAACGAUCAUUGAACCUGACUAACGUGCUCGACAAAAAAAAUGUUGCAAAGAAAAUGAAAAAGGCAAAACCAGCCCAGAAGAAAAAGGGAUCGGUACAUGUGAACUCGAUUAAGAAGUAUCUUACCAGCUCUGUGACCACAUCUUCAUCGCCAUUGGUAAAUGAGCUCAAGUUAGACACAACUACGACUGAAAUCAUUAAAGACGAUAAAGAAGACGGAAUUCCAUGCGUUGUACGGCGCUCUACUAGCAUUCUUUCACUUUUGCCGACAUUCCUCGAGGAAUUCAAUCCUACUAUAGAAACCUACAGUGAUGAAUAUGCAGCACUUUUGGAAGCAGACAAGGCUCUUUUGAAGGAUGUUGUACAAGUAGAGCCAGUUUCAUUAGUUAUUCGACAGACAGUGUCUGGGAUGGACUUGUGGGAUGAGAUGAUGGGAUCUUUGGAUAGUGCAAAUACACGCCUGAACAAUGAAUAUCUUACGUUGUUAAAGCAAGACAAAGACCAAGGCCAAGACCAAGACACAAAGACAUCUGAAGAAAUCGAGGCUGAGAAUAUUGUGCCGCAAAUCUCUGAAGAGACCCAGAUGCCUAAAAGCUGCAAGGUGCGACAUAACAAGCCUAUUAUGUCUCUCUGGCCAAUAUUUGAAGACAGUUUUGAGGUUCAUUCACCAUCUCCAACAUCACCCGUGUCAUUGGAAAGUACAAUAUGGACUCCUCGACACACUACAUCUUUAACUGCGCUCUGGAGUAUGAUGGAAGGCGAUCUGCAGUCGAGUAAAGAAGACUAUGAGGAAUGUGACGAAAAUCUAGAUAUCAGACCAUAUGCGUUGCACGGAAAGAAGAGAAAACAAAUGUCGGACAGACGAGAUAAGGUAGCCCAGAAAAUGCGCUAUUGGUCUGGCUCUUCUUUUAUUGACAAUGGUUUUUCACACCUGACUUGA